AUUCCUACCGUCACCUGGACCCCCAGCUCCCCACCUGGAGCAACAGCGCCUUCCCGUCAGAUAUCGCAUGACCGCUACGAGCAAUCAAGAUUACACCAACAUCCCAGAGUCCGAUUCAGAAAACGCGGCUCUUAACCCUAACCCGGAACCAUGGGCACGACUACGAGAUGGAGGAAGCUUGACUGUUCAUCCUGAUGGACGUUCGUAUAACUAUUCCUAUGGUCCGAAGGGUCUAGCUGGACUGUUUAGCAACCAGUACACGCUUUGGUGUGUGAUAUUUGCGAGCAUUGGAGGCCUGAGUUUCGGGUAUGACCAGGGCGUGAUUGCUAAUGUCCUGGUAAUGAAGGACUUUACUGAGCGCUGGCCUAUAUCGCCCUUCCAGGAGGGUCUUAUGACGGCUAUUCUGGAGCUCGGUGCAUUGACUGGUUCUGUACUUUCGAUAUUCGUUGCAUGCGUUGUAUUUUGCAUAGGUUCUGUAUUCCAAUGCGGCGCUUGGAAACUGUAUCAUAUAUUCAUUGGACGUGCCGUUGGGGGAUUUAGGCGCUGUAGGAGCUUAAGUAUGCUUUCGCCCCUAUACAUGGCAGAAAUCAGUCCUCCGGAGUUGCGUGGAUCUCUCAUGGCCUUGGAACAGUUUGCCAUCGUUUUGGGAGUUGUAUGCGGAUUUUGGAUUGGGUUCUUCACACGUUCCACUCAGCAUCUUGGCGCAGUACCAUUAGGUAUUCAGAUCGUUCCUGGGAUCAUCUUAUUUCUUCAGGGCAGGUACGAAGAAGCUUUAGCCAGUUUGGCGAAGCUGAGACGGCGAACACCCAUAGAAGCCAAGAGGGAUCCUUUGAUUCAGAUCGAACUUUUAGAGAUGCGCGUUGAAGCUACCCUCCUCCAGCGGAUAUCUCCCAAUGCUGACGACUUGAAACCUCAUGGAAACCUCGGAGAGCUUGGAUCCUGGGGAGCGCUCUUCACAAAGAAGUACCGAGCACGUACAGCUGUUGGCGUGCUCAUGAUGGUAUUUCAGCAAUGGAGCGGCAUCAACGCAUUACUGUAUUAUGGUCCGAUUCUUGUCAAGAGUAUUGGACUAUCGGGAGAAAAAGUCACAUUGUUAGUUUCCGGAGGCAUUGGCGUUGUUCAAUUCUUCGCAGUCAUACCCGCCAUCUCACAGAUUGAUCGAAUCGGGAGGAAAUCCCUGUUGAGAGGCGGAGGCGCAGUAAUGGCAUGUUCGCACUUUGCCAUUGCCAUUUUGCGUAAGUGUAUUUGUACGUUUACUGCGUCCUACGGUGUCUCCUUCGGUCCCAUCGGAUGGGUGCUUCCAAGCGAAGUCUUCCCGCUGUCUAUACGGAGUAAAGGCGUCGCGCUGUCCACGGCCUCGAACUGGACCAACAACUUCCUUAUCGGGCUGGUGACACCGGUACUUGUGGAGUAUUCUGCUGCGACAUUUAUGAUCUUCUCGACUGCGUGUUUUCUUGCUUACUUGUGGGCGACAUAUAGCGUUCCUGAGACGGCGAAUGUAUCGUUGGAGGAGAUUGAUGCUGUCUUCGGCACGUCAUCAGGACAGGACGAUGAAUUAGUUCGACAACAGGUGGGAUUACGUGAAAUUAUUAGAGAUUUUGCGGAUACGUGAGGCUUCUGUUUUAUGUUCUAGAUAUAUUGUAGCGUAACAGUUGUAUAAUUUGGUUGUUAAUGUGAAUAUUUUGUUCAUAUAAUUCAGCUAUACAUGAU